AUGUCUAUUAGUGAAAAAUAUUUUCCUCAAGAACCUCAAUCUCCUGAAUUGAAAACUGCAAUUCCAGGUCCUCAAUCAAAGGCAAAGCUCGAGGAAUUAUCUGCUGUCUAUGAUACAAAGGCUGCAUAUUUUGUUACCGACUACUACAAAUCUCUUGGUAACUAUAUUGUGGAUGCAGAUGGCAACAAGCUACUAGAUUCUUAUUGCCAAAUCUCUUCUAUCGCAUUGGGUUACAAUAAUCCAGCAUUAUUAAAAGUAGCACAUUCUGAUGAAAUGGCAGUUGCUUUAUGUAACAGACCUGCUUUGGCAUGUUUUCCAUCCACUGAUUACUAUGAAAUACUAAAGAAGGGAUUGUUGUCCGUUGCUCCAAAGGGAUUAGAUAAGGUUUGUACUGCACACACGGGAUCUGAUGCCAAUGAAAUGGCAUUUAAGGCUGCAUUUUUGUUUCAAGCAAGUAAGAAGAGAGGUGACAAACCAUUUACCAGCGAAGAGCUGGAAUCUGUCAUGGAGAACAAGUUGCCAGGCACCUCUGACAUGGUUAUCCUGUCAUUUGAAAAAGGGUUCCAUGGUAGAUUGUUUGGAUCUUUAUCUACCACUAGAUCUAAAGCUAUUCACAAACUGGAUAUUCCUGCGUUUGAAUGGCCAAAGGCUCCAUUCCCUCAGUUAAAGUAUCCUCUGGAUCAAUUCCAAGCUGAAAACAAAGCAGAAGAAGAAAGAUGUUUGAAGGCUUUAGAGGAAAUUAUUGUCAACUCUCCUGCCAAAAUUGCAGCUGCAAUCAUUGAACCGGUCCAAUCUGAAGGUGGUGAUAAUCAUGCUUCACCAGAAUUCUUCCAAGGUAUUAGAGAAAUCACCAAAAAGCACGGUGUCAUUCUUAUUGUUGAUGAAGUUCAAACAGGAGGUGGUGCUUCUGGUAAGAUGUGGUUACAUGAACACUAUGGCAUUGUCCCAGACAUCAUGACUUUUUCUAAAAAAAUGCAAAAUGCAGGUUUCUUUUUCAGUGAAGCAGGUCUUGCUGGGGACCAACCAUUCAGACAAUUCAAUACCUGGUGCGGUGAUCCAUCAAAAGCUCUAAUUGCAAGAACCAUAAUUGAAGAAAUUAAAGAUAAGAACCUAUUGACUAGUGUUACCGAAACAGGUGACUACCUAUAUUCAAAGCUCGAAGCAAUUUCAGCAAAGUAUGACAAAAUGAUCAACUUGAGAGGUAAGGGAAGAGGUUUCUUUAUUGCAUUUGAUGCCCCAACACCGGAGCUAAGAAACAAAUUUAUUGCUGAAUGUAAGAAAUUAGGUUUAAACAUUGGUGGAUGCGGUGAACAAGGUGUUAGAUUGAGACCUGCAUUAGUUUUUGAAAAGAAGCAUGCUGAUAUCUUAGCCUCCAUUAUUGAUCAAGCUUUUUCCAAAAUUUAA